AUGGGGGUGGCAGGCACCGAGCUGCCCGGCGGCAACGUCAGCGCCAACGAGAGCGCCGCCGACCCCACGCUGUCGCGGGACGUGUGGAUGGUGGGCAUGGGGAUCCUCAUGUCGGUGAUCGUGCUGGCCAUCGUCUUCGGGAACGUGCUGGUGAUCACAGCCAUCGCCCGGUUCCAGCGCCUGCAGACUGUCACCAACUACUUCAUCACCUCGCUGGCCUGCGCUGACCUGGUGAUGGGGCUGGCCGUGGUGCCCUUCGGCGCCAGCCACAUCAUCAUGGAGAUGUGGAAGUUUGGGAACUUCUGGUGUGAGUUCUGGACCUCCUUGGACGUGCUCUGCGUCACUGCCAGCAUCGAGACCCUCUGCGUCAUUGCCGUGGACCGGUACUUCGCCAUCACCUCCCCUUUCAAGUACCAGAGCCUGCUGACCAAGAGCAAGGCGCGCGUGGUCAUCCUCGUGGUGUGGGUGGUCUCAGCCCUCACCUCCUUCUUGCCCAUCCAAAUGCACUGGUAUCGGGCAGACCGUGUCGAGGCCAUCCUGUGCUACGAGAAGGACACGUGUUGCGACUUCUUCACCAACCAAGCGUAUGCCAUCGCCUCCUCCAUCAUCUCCUUCUACCUGCCGCUCGUGGUCAUGGUAUUCGUGUACGCCAGGGUCUUCCAGGUGGCCAAGAAGCAGUUGCAGAAGAUAGACAGGAGCGAGGGGAGGUUUCACACCCAGAACAAGGAGCAGGAGCAGAAAGGGGGAGCUGGGCACCGCCGUUCCUCCAAGUUCUUCUUGAAGGAGCACAAGGCCCUCAAGACCCUGGGCAUCAUCAUGGGCACCUUCACGCUGUGCUGGCUGCCCUUCUUCAUCGUCAACAUCGUGCACGUCAUCCAGGACGACAUCAUACCGAAGUACGUGUACAUCCUCUUGAACUGGCUGGGCUAUGUCAACUCUGCCUUCAACCCUUUGAUCUACUGCCGGAGCCCAGACUUCAGGUAUGCCUUCCAGGAGCUCCUCUGCCUCCGCAGGUCCGCCCUGAAAAUGUAUGCCAACGGCUACUCAAACAGCAACGGCAAGAGCGACUACAACGAGGAGGACAACGGCUACCCCCUGGCAUCGGAUAAAACCUGCGACUUGCUCUGCGAAGAGGGUUCCUUCCCUCACCCGGAGGACUUUUUGCACUGCAAAGGUACUGUGCCUAGCGGGAGCCGGCGGCUGCUGCGGGAGCUCCGUGCGGGGCGGUGGGAGCGGGGCUGGGGCUGCAGCCGCCCGCCCCGGCGGCAGCCCCGUCUGCGGAGCCGGGCGCCCCGCGGGAGUCCUCCCGGUUCCCUUCUCGUAACCGAGCCGGUGGCCGUGGGACCCCUCCCCGGCCGGGAGGGCAGCCCCGGGCGGUGGUACCAGUGUGGUCCAGCCCAGGGGAGCAGUUGGCGGCGGGCGCGCAGGGCUGUGUCCCACACCGAUAGCCAACUCCCAACUGGGGGCCAGGCCAGCCUACAGCAGGCUCAGCAGUCAAACUCCCACUGGCUGUGGGGCAGGAGCCUCUGGCACAAAGAAAUCCAGUGUCCACAUUUCAGUUGCUGUCUGUAUUUUUACUAUUACUAA